AUGUCCGCUCCAGCUCUCCCUGCCAUCACUCCCGAAGCCCUCCAGGCGUUUCAAACUCUUCUCCUGACCAUGGGAAUGGCUCAGCCUGCUGCUCCUACUAUCGCACCAGGAAGUCAGCCUGCUCAGGCUGAUACAGGCUACCCACCUCCUGCUGCUGGCGUCGCCCCCCCUCUUCCACCUCCUCAAGGUCUCCGCACGAAUACAACCCCGGCAUCUGCUCCCCCAGAGGUUGUACAGUCGGCUCAACGAGAUGUCACAGCUCCGCAAAAGGUUGCACCGUACAUUGCCCCUGGCAGAAAGCUCGACAACCUUCUGGCAAGAGCUCCGCCUACAUUUGCCAAGCAAACGGCCGGUGCACAUUCUGGAGUCGGUAGUCAUAGACGAUUGGCAAAUGGAGGCUACUCGGUUAGAGGUGGGGUGGGGCAACAGGUCUAUCAGCCUGGGCCAGCCAAGACGAAGGAUAUGAAGAUAUCCAGGCAAAGCAGAGUCGUUUUCAUUGCGUGCGGUUCGUUUGUACGUGAACGCCUGAAAACAGGAUUUUCUGUACGAGGACAUCAAUCCAGUACGGUCGAAGCACUGGAAGCUAUGCAGCACAUACAAUAUGUGCACUUCAACACGAGCAUGACAGCCACAGACGCUGCUCGGCAUGUUGAAUCGGUCUUUCGCACCGCAGGAACACCAUUACCACAGCUCUGGCAAUGGGCAGUCUUGACGGUUGCGUCUCGUAAUUUCCAGCCUGAUCGUCUACAUUCACCCUGGUCGACCGAGCUUGCGACGCUCAAACAGCUUUACACCAACGAGUCUCUGGCUUUUAUUGUCCCUGACACUUGGUCCGAUCCAGCGUACGACAACAUAUAA